AUGCUCGGGCAGGCCGGAAGUGGGAAGCUACGUGUCUCAGCUGCACAGAACAAAUUCUCUGCUAAAGUGGACAAAAAAUUCAAGGAGAAGAGUUAUGGUAGGAGUGGUGCAACAUCUGGACUGACAUCUAGUUUGGCCUUUACACCAGUUCAGGGAAUAGAACUGUCAAACCCACAGGCACACGGGAACCUUCUUGGAAGUGGAAUCCAGAGCACCUACUUCUCGGAGACCGGCACAUUUUCUCGGAUCCGUAGGCCUGGAGUUGGCCGGAAGAUCAGCAGCUUUAGUUGCCUACUGAUUCCUCUUUUGCUUGGGUGUGGAAGGAUGGCAGAGCACUCUGAGAAUGCGGCAGAGAACAUGAUGAGCGGCAUCAUGGACGCCAUUGCCGACAAGCUCCCCAAGCAAAAGUCUGUCAGGUUCGACGAUGAGGGCUCCAUUUCCGGCCAAGCCAAGAAGCUCUUCGGCGGCCACAAGUCUGUUCACCACAUCCUCGGCGGUGGAGAAUCCGCUGAUGUGCUACUGUGGAGGAACAAGAAGAUCUCAUCGAGCGUUCUUGCUGUUGCAACAGCUGCCUGGGUCUUCUUCGAGUGGCUCGACUACCAUUUCUUGACCAUCGUAUCAUUUGUGCUUGUUCUUGGCAUGGUUGUCCAGUUCGGAUGGUCCAGCUUCGCAGGCAUGCUCAAUGGGUCUCCUUCUAAUGUGCCCCGUGUGGAGUUACCAGAAGAGCUGUUUGCAAACAUCGGCGCAGCUGUCGGCGCCCAGGUGAACAAAUUCUUGGGAAGCCUUCAGGAUGUGUCCUGUGGAAGAGACCUGAAGCAGUUCCUCAUGGUGAUCGCCGGGUUCAUUGUCACCGCUUUCAUCGGGAGCUGGUUCAGUCUCAUCACCGUCAUCUACAUCGUGCUCUGUUGCAGGGUUUGUGUGUGCACACACUCUACCAGUGUUCUAUGA